AGACUCUUGUCAACACAUGUCACAGAUAAUUGUGACCUAGCAGCUUUAUUUGAUGACAUCACUCCUUGUACCAGAGUAGGGUCUUCAACAACUGGGCAGAGUCCUCUACGCUUAUACCAUCUUCCUUAAUUCCAGAGAAGCUUGGCCCCAAAAAUGAGGAUGCAGUUUACGGAAAAGAACCACAACAGUUUUAUGAUGCAGGCCCUCAACAAACAGAGAAAGAACCGGGAGUUUUGUGAUGUAGCCCUCAGUGUGGACCAGAAAGUCUUCUAUGCCCACCUCAACGUUUUAGCAGCCAUGUCCUCCCAUAUUAGGAAUCUGAUAUCCAGCAAUGACAUGAAAGCGGAUGAUGAACUCUUUAUUAUCAUUGAUGCCAAGUUCCUGAGCUCCGAGUUGGUGGAGCAAUUGCUCGACUACUUCUAUACUGGGAAGAUUGUAAUUUCUGAGAAGAACGUGGAGGACCUGCUGAAGGGAGCCAAGUAUUUCAGUUCCCCAUCUCUAAGGAGCCACUGUUCUGACUUCCUCCUUAGGUCCCUUAAGAAGAACAACUGCCUCUAUUACAUGCUCCUGGCCACCUCAUAUGAUAUGAAAGAAGUGGCAAAUGCUGCUUAUGAUGGUAUACGAGACAACUUCAACUACUGGGCAGGCCCUGGCAUAACAGACUUUAUGCACUGCCCCCCUAACGUCUUCAGCAGGCUCCUUAAGGAUGAACAUCUUCAUGUGCAAAACGAGGACCAGACUCUCUCAACCCUCCUCCAGUGGGUGAAAUACAGAAAGGCUGAAAGGGAGAAAUAUUUUAAGAAGUAUUUUACCUACAUUCAUUUAUCCGCUGUCUCCACCAGUAUGCUUCUGUCCACUUGCCGUGAAGUGUUACUCUUUGCAGACCACACUGGUCCCCUGUCCCGGAUAGAGAGCACUUUGAGUGAUCGUAAAAAGGGCAAUCCUCAAAGCCUGAUGCUUCAACAAAGGAAAGGGGCGUUAAUGGACUCUGUGGUGAUCUUAGGAGGGCAAAAAGAGCAGGGCAAGUUCAACAGUGGGGUUUUCGCUUAUAUCAUUGGAGAGAACAUCUGGCUAAAGCUGACAGAGAUGCCUUACAAAGCAGCUGCUCUCAGUGCAACAUCGCUAGGGAGAUACAUUUAUGUUUCUGGAGGAACAACAGAGCAGAUCUCUGGCUUGAAAACAGCUUGGAAGUAUGAUAUAGAUACUAACUCCUGGAUCAAACUUCCGGAUCUGCCUAUAGGUUUGGUCUUCCACACCAUGGUGACUUGUGGGGGGGCAGUGUACACUGUAGGAGGCAGCACGGCCCCAAGGAAGUACAUUUCAAGUAUCUACAAGUAUGACGAAGGGAAAGAGAAGUGGAUUCUUGCUGGAAAGAUGAGUAUUCCUAUGGAUGCAACUGCAUUGAUCACCAAGGGAGACAAGACUAUUUACAUUGUGACAGGAAGGUGCUUGGUGAAUGGGCGCUUCUCCCGAGUAGGUGUGCUGGACUGCUUUGACACUCAGACUAAGAAUGUGGUGCAGUACAUCACAUUUCCCAUUCAGUUCAAUCACAAGCCCUUGCUGUCCUUUCCUCAGGAUAAUGUCUUGAGCAUACAGAGCCACAAAGAGAGUUUGGAAAUAAACCUGCAGAAGAUCAAAAUGAGCAAAUCCACAAAACUUGUCCCACUCUUGCCGAAUAACUACAGCUUGGAUCUUUCACAUGCAGUGUGCUCAAUUGGGGAUAACAAGGUGUUUGUGUGUGGUGGCCUGAUUUGCCCAGGUGACACACGUCCAGAGGAGUAUGCCAUCAACCGACAUGCAUAUAUGUUAGAUCAAAGUGUAGGGGAAUGGAGGGUUUUGGCUCAGCCUCCAGAAGCUCUGGAUUGCCCUGCUUGCUGUACAGCUAAGUUGCCAUGCAAGAUUCUCCAAAAAACUGUAGUCAAUUAAUA